AAAAAAAAAAAAAGGAAAAAAAAAGGAAGAGGCCGAACUGGCUCAAUGCCUGCUGAUAAGUUCGUCUUCUCCAAAGGAUUGCCCCGGUCCAAUGCGCGUGGCAGCCAGCAAGAGGAUUGCGGCCAAAAGAGUCAAAGUGCGGCACCGGCAGAGUGAAGUAGCGGCCGCAGCGGAAAGGGUUCGACUGCAGCGGAAUGGAGCUGCGAGAUGGAGCUUUGAAUCCGAAUAAGGUACCGGAUAUGGAUGUUGGACGACGUCGAGAACCUCAAGCUGGAUCUGGAGUUGGGGAGAUGAGGUUGAAGCUGACACCCGGCCGAACGAGGCACGUUAUGCAGCGAUCUGCAAGGCAAUGUCUAAAGAUGGGGGUUCCCUGGUUGGCAACCGGCUGUUUGGUAAAGAAGGCGUAGUAGACAAGAAUGGACGAGAUGCAGGCGACAGAUGAUUGAUGGGUGUGGACAUUGACGUGGGUGUGAGAGACUGAGUGUGAGUGGGCGAUCGAGUGUCUCUCUUGUAAUGGAGGGUGGGCUUGUGCUUGUGUUGGCGUCGACGAUGGAUGGAGGCAGGAUACCUAGGCGGAUGGCAAGGGGGUGUGAGAUACGACGACUUGGGUGAGGUAGUUGUAUCUGAUGUAUCUUCCCUUCCGAUUGUCGCUGAGCCAGAGGGCAAGGGAAGGAGAUGAACGACUUCAGAGAAAGGCGAGUAAGACUUGAAUUGGCCGAGUAAGUCGGAAGACAAGUCGCCGCGGCCGCACUGCGUCUUGUAAUAAUUUACGAAUAUCCCGAGUAAGAACGACGAGACAAGGUGUUUGGAGAGAGGUAGACAGAGAGAGAAGAGACCGAAGGUGUGUGCGCGUAUGUGUGUGUGUGUGUGUG